UGUAACGCGUGAUCUGUCGAUCUCAAUUCCCUCCGUGACUUGGUUUUGUAAAAAAAAACUUAUUUUGCAUUUCCCCCCACUUUCACGGGCUUUCUAUAUCUUUGUGUAGGCAUUACCGACAUUUUUUCCAAGCUUUAAGAAUAAUAUCCUACUGGAUUUUGUCCAUUGCAGCAUCUUCUUCGCGUAAAAAAGUCAGGUUCAUUUUUUCCUAGGCAGCUUAUAGUCAAUUGAUUUUGAUGGCGAGUCAGCACCAGAAAAAUCUCUUGUCAUGUAUUUUGCAUUCGGUAUGAAUGUGUGUUGAUGGUGUUGACGAAGGAUGACGCGUUUUUAUAGGAAAGCAAAAGAGUUGAGGUAGGCAUUGAAAGACAUAUUUGAAAGACGUCACAAUUCAGCUGUAAAUCUAACAGCACAUCUAAGAGGCUCCAAUUUCUCCGGAAAAAAAUCGUACACGAAAUAGGAAGCUUUCGAAGGCUUCUGUUGGUCACUUCUGUCGAUCUAGUUUCUCUCAUCUUCAACUUCGCAUUUAUAAGCAAGAAGAUUCAGCAGUAAAUCAUCCAGUUCCAUUCCGACUUCCUCCAACCAACAAGAUGUUUCUCAAGGCUUUCGCAAUCCUGCCAGCGAUUUUUUCCUUGGUGACGGCUGCUAGAAUGAACUCGGCUAUGGGAUCCAAGCGAGGCGGUUUCAGUCUGGAGCCUUUUGGCCAUGGCACCCAUCAUUCGCAUGCAUUGAAGACCAUUCGAUCGUCCGUCGACUCGUCAGGCAAAGCCAAUGAAAGAUCGCAUCCCGAAAAUGAACUGGAUUCAGCUGGAUUUGGAGCUCCAGCAUACGGUAGUGUGGGAGCGGCCGGGUUUGGUUCUCCUGUUCAAGGAUUCGGUGGACCUGCUGGUCAUCAUCAAGGCGGAGCUAGUGGAUUUGGACUUGGCAGUCAAUCAGGUCCCUUUGGUGGCUCAUCUGCAUCCUAUAAUGAUCAAUCAGGAUCAAUUGGCGGUCCAUUGGGCUCGUUCGGUAGUCCAGCUGCAGCCUUUGGAGGUCAGUCCGGAUAUGGAGGAGGUGCGCAAGGAGGAGCUCCGGGAUACGGCGCUGCUGCUGGUGGAUAUGGAGGAAACUCUGACGCUGGAAUGCCCUAUCAAUUUCAGUAUAAUGUGAACGAGUACGGCAACAACUUUGGCCACUCUCAAUCCAGCGAUGGCAACCAAGUUACUGGGCGCUAUUUUGUUCAGUUACCUGACGGUCGUCUUCAGACUGUGGAUUUCAAAUCGGAUCCAUUAAACGGCUACACUGCUGAUGUCCAGUACCAAGGCCAGGCACAAUACCCCGGAAGCAACAACGGAGGCUACUCUUCCCAGCCAUCUGGAGCGCAGUACCCUUCAGGAGGAGCUCAACAAGCUCCACAAGGCAACUAUGGCAGUGGUAUUGGCGGCGGGUCCGUCGGACAACUACCACUUGCCUUCAACGGUCAAGGAAAUUAUGGAGGUGCUCUUCCUAGUGCACCUGGAAGUUUUGCUGGCCCAGGAGCCUUUAGCGUCAAACCUUACUAAAUUCUUUAAAAAAGUUUCAAAAAUAACAUAACAGAAAUGUAGACGCAAAAUUACAAACAUCUGUAUUGCAGUUUAUUCCAAUAAAACAUUAUAAAUG